AUGCUCUCUUCUAUUAUUAUUGGAUUGUUCUUUAUUGUUAGUACGGUAAAUUCUGCUGACUGUUUCACAAAAGACGGCAGUGGUUGUCUUAGUGGUAAAGGUACAUGCUCUGGUGAUAUGACUGUUUCUGGUGUCACUU